AUGGGCCUCGAGAAUGCUAGUCAGACAAAAGGACCCAGAAUCCUCGGUAUAUUCUGGGCCUUCUUCUCGGUGAGCGCCGUGAUGGUUUCCGCCCGACUGUACAUCCGCACUCGCAUGCUCAAAAAUCUCGGGCCGGAUGAUUAUAUCAUCGGUGUCGCUACACUAAUUCUUGCGGCCUACACAGCAGUGACUACUGCCGUCGUGGCUCUCGGAUACGGCAAGCACACGGCCGCGAUCAUCGAGCAAGGGGGAAUGGAUCGUCUCGAGAAAGUGCUGCUAAUCAACUACAUCAACUUUGCCCUGGGAAUCAUGUCCUUCUCGAUACCCAAGCUGGCAAUCGCCGCUUUGUUGAACCGGAUCCUGAACCCGGGACGGUUUCACCGGUUAUUUCUGUGGGUGUUGACGGGCGCAGUGUUUGUCACUUCAAGCAUCUGCAUCCUUGUCCUGUUCACCAUGUGUGACCCGCCACAGGCUCUUUGGAAGACUCAGAUGUUCGCUGAAGGUGCGACGUGCCGCCCGCAAGUCGUGCUGGUGGAUUAUGCGAUUUUCACCGGAGUCGUGUCUGCCUGUGUCGAUCUAUACUUGGCCGUCUACCCCACUGUUGUCCUUAUUUCCUUGCAAAUGACGCUGAAGAAGAAGCUCGCGCUCUGUGCGGCGCUUGGACUUGGUGCAGUUGCAUGUGCAAUGGCCAUUGUGAAGUGUAACCAACUACCUGGGCUCUACGAUACAGCGGACUCAACCUACUCCACUGCCGACCUUGUCAUUUGGACCAGUAUCGAAUCGAACGUCAUCAUCAUGGCUUCGUGCAUCCCAACGCUAGGACCGCUGUACGAGAUGGUCCGUGGUAGGCGCUCCUGGAGCUCUUACCAGCGGUACUACAAAAGCCAGCCAGGCACCUCACGCAAACGCGCAUUCAAGAAGCCAAUAAACCACAUGCUCAAACACGAUGACCUGAUGACGACCAACAUCGGGACUAUCAAGCAAGGCAGCCAGGACAAUAUCCUGGUAACCGAGGAGACACCGGCCGAAUCCCACGCGAUGGGCUAUAUCCACAGGACGGAUAAGAUGGCGGUGGAGUAUGAAAUGGCAUCGCGAGUACCUAGGGCGAACUCCCCACGAGAUAACAGGAAUGUACCUUGACAAAGAAUAUC